UCUAUCUCUAUCUCUCUAUCUGUCACUCUGCCUUUCGAAUAAAUAAAUCUUUAGGAAGGAAUGAAGCAAUAAAGCCCCCCACCAUCUCCAUCUCCGUCGCCGGUUAAAGGCAGUAGAAGGAAGGGAUAGCAAUUUGACCCCCUCUGCCUCAAUGGAGGUUAUUGAAAUAAAACUUAACAUUUAGAAGGAAAAAGAAGAGGAGGAGGAGGAAGAGGGAGGGGGAGGGUUCUUGGCUUAAGUGAUAGAUGGAUGCUCCCUUUAUGAAAAAUCAUUCAGCUGUGUGUUAUAAUCUGGUGUUAUAGUGUACAAACAAGGUUUUGAAAAAGAAAUGUGCAAGAGUAGCGAAAGCAACUUUAACAUAACAAGAAGGGACUAGUAUCAUAAAGCUGUGGUACCUAGGACCAUGGGGAUGGGUCAAUGUAGGCGAAUGAACGGGAAAGAAUGAAAAAACAAAAACAAAAAUCCGGACUAUCCUGGUAUGUGAUACAGGAGGCAUCAUAGCCACGGAAGAGCAAAGAACUCAGGAAGACGCGUCCCAGGACGGAAGCUUGGAGUGCCUACAGCAAGCGCUCGCGUUAAGACUUUGUAAACGCGACACGGGUGGAAGCGAGAAAUGCCUGGACAGGAGAUGGCAGCUCUUUCCCGCUGCGUUGGCGCUCCCGACCGCUAGGCGGCAGCGGAGGCCCGCGGGCACCGCGCCACUACGCGUGCGCGCCGCUCUCGGGUCCGGCCGCGGAGCCGACGACGCUUGCGCACGCGUGGGUGCCCACGGCGUCUCCCCGUGCGCACUGCGCCCAUGCACACGGCGCGGUGCGCACGCCCCUCGUCGCGCGGUCGGGGAGCUCCGGCUGUGGUGCGAGCCGCCCCUGCCCCCCGACAUGUCCCGGCUGCCCGCAGAGUGCGGCGUCCCGCAGGCAGGUGCGGCGAGCGGCGUCCCGCGGGCGGAGGGAGGCGGCGGGAGGCGGCAGCCGGCGCAGCCUGAGGAGGCCCGGGAAGGCGCGAUGGCGGCGGCGGCGCGGGGAGGCCGGGCGGCUGCCGUCCGAGGAGGCCCCGCGGCGGCGGCGGCGGCCCGGGAGGCCCGCAUGGCGGAGGUGGCGCGGCUGCUAGGCGAGCCGCUGGACGACGAGGGCCCCGAGGGCAGGCCCCGGUCGCGGGCCGGCCCCGCGGGAGCGCUGGCCGCCCUGCCGUACCUGCGCCUCCGGCACCCGCUCAGCGUGCUGGGCGUCAACUACCAGCAGUUCCUCCGCCACUACCUGGAGAACUACCCGAUCGCGCCGGGCCGGAUCCAGGAGCUGGAGGAGCGCCGGCGGCGCUUCGUGGAGGCCUGCCGGGCGCGGGAGGCGGCCUUCGACGCCGAGUACCAGCGCAACCCCCAGAGGAUGGACUUCGACGUCUUGACGUUUACCAUAGCUCUGACUGCGUCCGAGGUGAUCAACCCCCUCAUCGAAGAACUGGGGUGCGACAAGUUUCUCAGCAGGGAGUAGUGGGGGUGCGGGGGCGCCGCUGCCGUCCCGCCUGCAGCCUGGAGUGCUAAAAAAAUAAAAUAAAAAGUUAAAAAGUGCAAGGGGAGAAGUCCGGGCGCGCUUGGAGAGCGAGGAAGCACCGGAGAGAGCAAGCGGCAUCGCCGGCCCGGGCAGGGUGCAAGGUGCACCCCCGCCCCCGCCCCCCGGCUCCGCCUCCGCGUGGCCCUCGACGGCUGGGACUCGGGGGUGGGUUGGGAGGACUGGAAGGAACUGCAGGGGUCGCGGGUGCUCGCUCCCCGGGUCCUGUUCUGCAGAAGCAUCUCGUGGGCGAGGGGUUCCGCGGCUCCAGCGCCGUUUCCAACGGCGAGCCAGGGAAGUCGUGUGCGUGUGUGUGUGUGUGUGUGUGUAUAUAUAUUACGUGAUAAAUUGUGUUUUCGGAAACACCA